AUGGCGGAUCCUGUGGCAGCAGCAGCAGCAUCCUCUCCGUGUCCGACUCCGGGCCUUUCUCCAGCGGCGAGUCCGGGCUCUGAGCCUCCCUCCGCGGCUCUGUCUCCGUCGGCGGGCGGCACACAGCGGCUCCUUUUCUCGCAUGACUUGGUGUCUGGUCGGCACCGCGGUUCACUGCGCUUCGGCCUCGUGCGAAUGAUCCACGGAGAGGAGGACUGGACCGAGGACGAGGAUGAGGACCUUGAUGGCGGCGGAGGAGGCAGAGAAGGUGGUGGAGGAGGCAGAGACGGCGGUGGAGACGGCGGCGGAGGAGGAGGAGGAGUCGGGGGAGGCGGCGGUCGUGUCCCCGGGUGCUCGGAUACUGAGAACGGGGCACCGGAGUCCCGAACGUGGCCUCUCGGUAGGGGUUUCGUGCGCGUGCAGUGGUAUCCCGAGGGAACGAAGCAGGAUGUUCGGGAAACGAAGCUGAAACUUGAAGAUCGAUCCAUUGUGCCUCGAGACUUUGUGCGCCGAAUGAAUUCGAAUGAUAAGCAGUGUGGUAUAGUGACCAACAUUAACACAGAGUGCGCCGUGAAACUGGUGGGGACCAACUGUUGUUUAUAUCCUGUAAAUAGCCGAGACCUGCAACACAUCUGGUCUUUCAUGUAUGGUGAUUACAUUGUGUACGAUUUCUGGCUGGGGAAGGUGUAUGACCUCAGCAAUCGCAUCAUCCUGAAGCUGUCCAACGGAGCACGAUGUUCAAUGAGUGAAGAAGACGGAGCCAAACUCUACGACGUUUACCCACAUGUCAGUGAUUCGGGGCUGUUCUUUGACGAGUCGUACGGCUUUUACCAGGGUCAGGUCCUCAUCGGGCCGGCUAAGGUCUUCUCCAAUGUGCAAUGGCUGUACGGCGUGAAGCCCGUCCUCAGCAAGAAGAGCAAAUUCAGAGUGGUAGUAGAAGAGGUACAGGUUGUGGAGCUCAAAGUGACGUGGAUCACCAAGAGCUACUCUCCUCAAGGCUCGGAUAGCGUCUUCCCCCCUCCAUCCACCAUCACACAGGAGAACCUCUGCAAAGUGAAGCGUCUGGGGUACUUUGACCACACACAGAGGCAGCUGGGUGAGAGAGCUCUGUACGUCUUUCCUGCUAAAGGAGAUGCAACACGAAUCACCUGCGAGGGCCCAGAGGGGCCACAGGUCUUACCCGAGGACCCAGUCAUCCGGAAGGUCAAACGAAUGUUUAAAAAGCACCCAGGAAAGAAGGCGACAGAGAGCGCUGACUUGCAGUCCAGCAGUGUGCAGACGGCUGGGAAAACGGAUGACGCUGAAGAGCAACAGUCGGAGGCACCUCAUGACUGUACAGAGGAGGACUCGGCACCACAACACUCCAAUAAUGGUCCCGUCCCAAACAAGGCAGAUGAGGAAAGAAGGGAGCAAGAGCCCACCAUUCCACAGACACAGUGGCCUCUUCUCGGGGAGUUGGAGUCAGAUGAGGAUGCCGCAGAGGACACGGAUGACACGAGCUCAAUCACUUCUUCGGCCAGUUCCACAGCCUCGCUGCAAAGCGGCCCAAGCAGAAAGAAGAGCAUCCCUCUGUCUAUCCGCAACCUGAAGAGGAAACACAAGAAGAAGAAGACCAAGUUCUCUCGAGAGUUCAAACCAGGAGACAGAGUGGCAGUGGAGAUUGUUUCCACGGUUACCUCAGCUGAUGUCAUGUGGAAGGACGGUCGACUAGAGACAGGGAUUCGUUCUAACGACCUCAUCCCAAUCCAACACCUGGACAACCAUGAGUUCUGCCCUGGAGACUAUGUAGUGGACAAACGCAGCCAAACGCUGCAGGACCCAAGCGUGUAUGGUGUGAUUCAGAGAGGAGACCAUAAAGCCAGGACAUGUGUGGUGAAGUGGAUCAAACUGAACGCUCCAGGGGAUGAUGUGGAGGUGAUCGGUGAGGAGGAAGAUGUCAGUGUUUAUGAUAUAUCGGAUCACCCCGACUUCCACUUUCACACCACAGACAUCGUCAUACGGAUAGGCAACUCGGGCUCGGAGGAGUUCAACGAUGAAAGGACUGUGGGACAGGUGUGCCGAGUUGAUGUCAGCAGUAAGGUGGAGGUUGUCUGGGCUGAUAACUCUAAAUCUGUCGUCUUGCCCCAGCACCUUUACAACGUUGAGUCAGAGAUUGAGGAGACGUAUUACGAUUCUGGCGAGGGCAGCACCAGCGGCGCCUCCUCAGAAGAAUGGGAGGACGAAAGCGACAGCUGGGAGACUGAUAAUGGCCAGGUAGAGGAGGAGGCGGGGACAGGUGGAGAAGACUCCACCUCCAAAACAGAAACUCUGCCUGAGGUCAAAACCUCGACGCCCAGUGCCACGGCUGGCGCAGACACACCAGGGACACCUGCUCCACCUGAACUGCCAGCAGGUGGAGCACCAACAAGUGAGGAGAAGCCCAGUAAAGAGACGCCGCGGCUGGCCUUCCGCGAGCUCAAGGAGGCCCUGAAGAUCCUGGAAAGCCUGAAGAACAUGACAGUGGAGCAGCUGUGGACUGGCUCACCCACCUCACCCACUGCCGAGCCAACAGGUGCCACUGGCACCGCCACCCCAGCUGAUGUCAAGCCCACGAAGGAGAAACGCUUCCUGGAUGACAUUAAGAAGCUGCAAGAGAACCUGAAGAAAACACUGGACAAUGUGGCCAUCGCAGAAGAGGAGAAGAUGGAAGAGGAGCGGGUGUCAGCCCCCGUCGAGCCUCAGACACCAGUGCGCUCUGAGUGGCCCAGUGAUACGCCUGUCCUGUGCCAGCAAAGUGGCGGUAAACCUGGUGUUACAUUCACCAGUGCCAAGGGCGAGGUAUUCUCUGUGCUCGAGUGGGCACCAGACACCCACACGUUCAAGAAGAUGGAGUUCCAACCAGCUGAAGCUAAGAAGUUCUUCAGUACAGUCAGAAAGGAGAUGGCUUUGCUGGCCACUUCACUGCCUGAUGGCAUUAUGGUCAAGACAUUUGAGGACCGCAUGGACUUGUUCUCAGCUCUAAUCAAGGGCCCUACACGUACACCAUAUGAGGAUGGCCUGUUCUUGUUUGACAUCCAAUUGCCCAAUAUCUACCCCGCUGUACCGCCACUAUUCCGCUACCUGUCACAGUGCAGCGGACGCCUCAACCCGAACCUCUACGACAACGGCAAAGUGUGUGUCAGCCUGCUAGGCACAUGGAUUGGCAAGGGCACAGAGAGGUGGACAAGCAAGUCGAGUCUCCUGCAGGUGCUCAUCUCUAUUCAAGGCCUGAUUUUGGUCAACGAGCCGUAUUACAACGAGGCGGGCUUUGACAGUGACCGCGGCCUGCAGGAGGGCUAUGAAAACAGUCGUUGCUACAACGAGAUGACCCUCAUCAAAAUGGUGCAAUCCAUGACGCAGCUCCUGGUGCAGCCAGUUGAGGUCUUCCAGCAGGAGAUACGUGAGCACUUCUGCACCAGCGGCUGGAGACUUGUGCAGCGGCUCGAAUCCUGGCUGGAGCUGGACACGGCCGUGUCUGAACGUGGUGCUCGAAAUGCUGGCACCAUGCGGGCUGAGCCACUGGACGAGGAGGUUCCUGAGGCGCUGGCACACAGCAGCCCUGCAGGCAAACCCGAGUCCAGAGGUGAGGAGGAGCUUGAAGACUCUGGUCUCGGUGCCUCCAAGGACCUCAGCCUGAACUCCGAUUUGGACGGCUCCAGAGGGGCAGAGCCUGCACAGCAAGGUGGCAAAGUGGCACAGGAAUCUCAGCCUUCUGUCAGGCCGAAGAAGCGGAGACGGAGCUACCGCAGCUUCCUUCCUGAACGGAGCGGCUACCCAGACAUCGGCUUCCCGUUGUUUCCCCUCUCAAAAGGCUUUGUUAAGAGUGUGCGUGGCGUCCUGUUUCAGUAUCGUGCAGCACUGAAUGCUGCCGGCAUUCCUGAAGAGAAAUAA